AAAAAGAAAACGGAAAAAAAAAAAGAGAGUGGCAAAAACUUCGAAAAUGGUGGCGCUCACCUCCUUAUCCCCAGCGGCACCGCGUCCUUCUCCGUCUCCGGCGACUCCUCGCCGCCGGCCACCGUCACCUCAUCUCCCUAACUCCUCACUUCUCGCCCGAAUCUGCCGCGCCGCGACUGUCACAUCUGCCACCCCUGGCACCGACGACUACCACUAUACCAUCCGCUCCCUCAACUCCCGCGGCCGCCACGCCCCCCGCAAAUCCCUCGGGCAGAACUACAUGCUGAACUCGAAGGUGAACGAGGAGCUGGUGGCGGCGGCGGGGGUGGAGGAAGGGGACGUCGUGCUCGAGAUCGGCCCGGGAACCGGGUCGCUCACCGCCGCGCUGCUCGAGGCCGGAGCUACCGUCUUCGCCGUCGAGAAGGAUAAGCAUAUGGCUACCCUUGUGAAAGAUAGGUUUGGAUCUACAGAACGAUUGAAGAUCAUUGAAGAAGAUAUCACAAAAUUUCAUAUCCGCUCCCAUUUUCUUCCUUUCAUGAAGGAGAAAUACCAUGCCACAAAACAACAUGCAAAGGUUGUGUCAAACUUACCAUUCAAUGUCAGCACCGAAGUUGUCAAACUACUUCUCCCAAUGGGGGAUGUUUUCUCUGUCGUGGUGCUUAUGCUUCAGGAUGAAACAGCAGCGCGUCUUGCAGAUGCUUCGAUACAAACACCAGAGUACCGACCUAUCAAUUUGUUUGUGAAUUUCUACUCAGAACCUGAAUACAGGUUCAGAGUUGAGAGAGAAAAUUUUUUCCCUCGACCAAAGGUUAAUGGUGCUGUUAUCAGCUUUAAAUUGAAGAAUAUUGAGGACUAUCCGCCAGUUGGUUCCCACAAAAGCUUCUUUUCAAUGGUGAAUUCCGCUUUCAAUGGAAAGCGCAAGAUGCUUAGGAAAUCACUUCAGCACCUAUGCUCUUCUGCUGAGAUUGAGGCCGCUCUCCACAACAUUGGUCUUCCGGUUACAGCUAGACCUUCUGAUCUGAUGUUGGACGAUUUCGUGAGAUUGCACAAUCAUCUCGCAAAAGUAUGAGCAUACAGUGCCUUUGAAACGCCUAUGGGUUGCUUGUUGGCAUGGUGAUGACUGAUGAAGUGAUUUGGACCUGAGAGUUACUCGGAGGUGCCUUCAGACCAGCUGCAACAAUAUUGGUGCGAUGUAUUGGCGUGCGUGGAUGGUCAUGAUGAUGGUGUUCAGAAUUCAAAGCAGUCGAUCUCCAUGCCAUGGAAAUUGCAGGACCAUGCAGAAAAGAAGGGUGCCAUAUGUAUCACGUAUCUACAAUUUACUGGAUCUACCUUUGGUUCACCUCUUCGCUAUAUAGAGGAGGCAAUGUAAGUACGAUGGGAAGACUAAAGAGCGAGGAUGAUGCUUGGCCGGAGCAUAGUUUGUAUUGGUAGAUAGAGGUCUUGCUGUAUUUUGACCUCUAGAAAUGUUCAGAUAAUUUUUUAUGUUCCUAUCAUGGUACUAUUACGGCUAUUGUAUUAAAACAUCUCU